AUGGAUGCUCAGCAGUUUGCGGCAUUUUUCUGUCAAGUUGCACAGAUCCAGAGUCAUCUCAAUAAGACAAAUCCGAAUCAAGAUCUUUCAAGUCUUUUCUACAUUUUGCUGUCUGAAAAUCCAGGUAUACCUAUUACCAAUGUCACACUCACUGGUUCAAAUUAUAGUGCAUGGAGCAAAGCUAUUAUGAACGCACUUUAUUCGAAGAAUAAAUUCAAAUUUGUUGAUGGCACUAUUCCUAAGCCUGAGAAAAUAGAUCCAAAUUUUAUGGCGUGGCAUCGGUACUACUACCAAGGAGAUAUGUUUAGAGUAGCUGAGUUAACUGAGGAGAUUUAUGCGCUCAAACAGGGAGACAUGUCCGUUACCACCUAUUUUACUAGGCUUAAGAACCUUUGGGAAGAGGUUGAUGAAUUUAGAUCGAUUCUUGGAUGUGACUGCGUUAAGUGUGAGUGUGAUUUAGGCGUAGUAAGGCAGCAAAGGGAAGAAGAUAGAGUCACAAAGUUUCUUCGAGGUCUUGGAGAACAGUAUUCAACUGUUAAGUCUCAAGUGAUGCUAAUGGAUGAAUUGCCUAGUUUUAACAAAAUUCUGUCCAUUAUUACUCAGCAGGAGAGGCAACUCUUCAGUUUUGAUAAUGCUUUAGAUACAAAAAUUUUGAGUGGACACAUGGUGGAUAAUUGCUACAAGAAGCAUGGUUAUCCACCAAACUUCAAGCCUCAGUUUGAUAAGAAAAAUCUUGUUCUUAAUUGUAUGACAGCAGCUGAUGCUUCUGAAGAUGAUAAUGACAAUAUCAGCAUUCAUCAACUGGUAAGGAGUGAACCGACCAUUAAUGAAUUUACUCUAGACCAAAGAGAAGCGCUUCUAGCAUUGCUCAGCAGACAAGAUCAAUCUCAUUCUCAUAACAUUAGCCAGAUUUCAACCAAAAAUGAUCUUUCACCUCAUAAAGCUAGAAUGCUGCAUAUUUUGCAUUUUGAAUCUCAUGUCAUGGCUCUAAAUAUUUCAACUCAGAAACACAAGCCUUGGGUUAUAGACACUGGUGCUACGGACCAUGUGUCAUAUUCUUUGGCAGAUUUUCAAAAUUAUUUCAAGAUAGAUCCUAUUGUUGUUAGAUUACCCAAUGGUGCUCUCACAACAAGCUGCAUUAUGGGAACCAUUGUGUUUUCUAAUGAUCUUUACCUUACAAAUGAUCUGCACACUUUGAGGGUGAUUCGUGUAGCUAGUAAUGUUGAUGGUCUCUACAUUCUGCACAAGGAAAUCAAGACUCUCCCUCAUAUCAUAGCAGUUUCUCGCAACCACAUUUCAGGCUCUUUAUGA